AUGUCUGACGUAGAGGGAGAUGUCAUUGAGUAUCUAUCAGUAGAUAACGUCGUGGAUACCGAGCAAGUGACAUCUUACCCAACAGAGUUUCUCAACUCCUUAGAGUUAUCAGGAGUGCCUUCUCACAAGUUGAGGCUGAAAGGUGGAGUUCCUGUGAUGCUUCUCCAUCCAAUGCUCGUAGCCGGCAGACAAGACGGCGGCGCGCGGCGGCGGAGUGCGGGGCGCGCCGUGGCGCUGUCCCGUCCUUACGUCACGACACUCCGCCAGUACGCCGCGCGCCCUCGCAGCGAGAUCACGUGCCCGACGUCCGCGGUGACACACGACGUGAGCGAUAUCGGUCUCGAUCACUGCGCGUGCGGCGAGGGCGGCGCGCGCCUCGACUGCCGCUCCGCCGCGCUGCGCCGCCUGCCGCCGCUGCACGAGAACCUGCUCUCACUGGACGUGUCCAACAACAACAUCAGCACGCUGCCGCGCGACGCGCUGCUGCCGGCGGCGGGGCUGCGCGAGCUGAACCUGUCGUCCAACCGGCUGGAGUCGGUGUCGGCGGGCGCGCUGGGGGGCGCGGCGCUGGCGCGGCUGUGGCUGGACCGCUGCGCGCUGCGCCGCCUGCCCGGCCACGCGCUGCGCGACCUGCACCACCUGCACUUCCUGUCGGCGGAGGACAACUACAUCGCGGAGCUGGAGGCGGGCGCGCUGUGGGGCUGCCGCGCGCUGCGCUCGCUGCGGCUGGCGCGCAACCUGCUGCGCGCGCUGCCCACGCACGCGCUGGCGCCGCUGCGGCACCUGCAGACCCUGAACCUGGCCGGCAACCUGAUCACCGAGCUGAGCGACACGGCGCUGCCGCCGCUGCCCGCGCUGCAUACGCUGGUGCUGAAGCGCAACCGCAUCGCGUACAUUGAGGAGCACGCCUUCACCAACACGCCGGGGCUCCGAGUGCUGCGGCUGGAGGAGAACUUGCUGUCGGAGGUGCCGGCGGCGCUGCGUCUUCUGCCGCUGCUGGAAGACCUGUCGCUGGCCAGCAACCGCGUGGAGGAGGUGGCGCCGGGCGUGCUGCAGGCGUGCCGGCGCCUGGCGCGGCUGGACCUGCGCGCCAACCCGCUGCCGCGCCUGCACGCGCGCGCGCUCGACCACCUGCCGCACCUCACCACGCUGGUGGUGUCGGAGGCGCGCGCGCUGCAGGCGCUGCCGACGCUGAACGGCACGUCGCGCCUGCGCACGCUGCGCCUCGACCGCGCGCGCCUCACCGAGCUGCCCGCCGCGCUCUGCACGCAUGCGCCGCAGCUGCGCUCGCUGGACCUGAAGCUGAACAUGCUGCGGCGCGUGCCCGAGCUGCAGGGCUGCGGCGAGCUGCGCGUGCUGGACCUGUCGGGCAACGAGAUCUCCGCGCUGGACGGCGGCUCGCUGCGCGGCCUGCGCCGCCUGCACGACCUGCUGCUGGCCCGCAACCGCCUGCGCCGCGUGCCGGCCGACGCCUUCACGCACACUCCCGACCUGCAAGUGCUCAACCUGGAGGACAACAUGAUUGACCACAUCGACAUGGAGGCCUUCGUGCCUGUCUCCAAGCUCGAGGACCUGAAUGUGGGCAACAACCAGUUCUCGUGGCUGCCGGGCAGCGGGCUGCAGCGCCUGCUGCACCUCAAGGCACACAACAACCCCAACCUGCGCCGCUUCCACCCCCCCGACGUGCUGCCCCGCAUCCAGGUACGCCCCGCGGCCGCGCCCGCAGCCCGCGCCCGCGUGCGUCCGGACCAUCGCCCCGCUCGUACGACAGGACCCUCGUCCCGCUCGUAUGACAGGACCCUCGUCCCGCUCGUACGGCAGGACCCUCGUCCCGCUCGUACGGCAGGACCCUCGUCCCGCUUGUACGGCAGGACCCUCGCCCCGCUCGUGCCGCGGGACCCUCGCCCCGCUCGUGCCGCGGGACCCUCGCCCCGCUCGUGCGGUGGGACCCUCUCCCCGCUGGCGCGGCUGCCGGGCUCCCGACUAAUAUGCCGUUGUACAGGUCCUUUCCUGCCGUGUGUGGAUUUGUUCGACUGGUGGACGCUGCGUUGCGGCGUGUGGGCCGUAUUCCUGCUGGCCCUGCUCGGCAACGGCACCGUGGUUUUCGUACUCGUCUGCAGCCGCAGUCGCAUCGAUGUGCCGCGGUUCCUGGUCACCAACCUCGCCGCUGCCGACUUCUUCAUGGGCAUCUACCUGGGGUUCCUGGCAGUAGUAGACGCGGGCACGCUGGGCGAGUUCCGCGCACACGCCAUCGCCUGGCAGAUGUCGGGCGGGUGCAAGCUGGCCGGCUUCCUGGGCGUGCUGUCGUCCGAGCUGUCGGUGUUCACGCUGGCUGUCAUCACGUUGGAGCGCAACUACGCCAUCACGCACGCCAUGCACCUCAACAAGCGCCUGUCCCUGCGACACGCCGCGGCCGUCAUGGCGGCCGGCUGGGCCUUCUCUCUCACUGCCGCCACGCUGCCACUGCUGGGCGUGUCCGAUUACCGCAAGUUUGCGGUGUGCUUGCCCUUCGAGACGUCCACUCCCGUGGCACUAGGCUACGUGGUGACGCUGCUCGUCAUCAACGGCGUGGCCUUCCUGGUGCUGCUGGGCUGCUAUCUCAAGAUGUACUGCGCCAUUCGCGGCUCUCAGGCCUGGAAUUCCAACGACUCCAGAAUCGCCAAGCGUAUGGCGUUACUCGUCUUCACAGACUUCUUGUGCUGGUCACCCAUUGCCUUCUUCGCGCUCACAGCGGCUUUCGGCGCGCAACUUGUGUCUCUGGAGGAAGCCAAGGUGUUCACGGUGUUCGUGCUACCGCUCAAUUCUUGCUGCAAUCCAUUCUUGUACGCCAUACUCACCAAGCAGUUCAAGAAGGACUGUGCACUCGUGUGCAAAGCCAUCGAGGAGUCUCGCGUGACGCGCGGCAUCGGGCGCUGCCGGCACUCGUCCAACUUUAGCAACCGCCAGACCCCGGCCAACACCAACAGCCUGGCCGAGCGCUCGUCGCGCGGCCAGCACGGCGCCACCUGCGCCUGCCGCCGCCUGCUGCCCGGCGCCGAGCGCGCGCGCGCCCCCCCGGCCGUGUCGGGCGACGAGCCGCCGAGCUCGCCGCCCGCGCUGGCGCCGCGCCUGCUGCAUACGAUCCCGUCGGCGGCGGAGGCCGAGCUGCAGCCGGACGAGGAGACGCGCUCCUCACAAGACUGA